UAGCAGUGACGAGUUUGGAGCACACACUUUCAUCUUCAGUCUCACCACACACCGCACCUGCCUCAUCAUCUCUCUCUGAGCAGCAGGAGGAGGAGGUUGCAGGAACAAUGGCGGCUCAGGGUCUUCUGUCAGGGAGGCAGCUGCUGGGGAGGCCACUGCAGUCUUCCAUCUCCAGGUCGUCUUCCUCCCGGAAGUCCUCCUUCAUCGUCAGGGCAUCGUCCUCUCCCCCUGCCAAGCAAGGUGACAGGCAGCUAUGGUUCGCGUCCAAGCAGUCCCUCACCUACCUUGACGGCACUCUGCCCGGUGACUUUGGCUUCGACCCCUUGGGUCUGUCCGACCCAGAGGGCACCGGCGGCUUCAUCGAGCCCAGGUGGCUGGCCUACGGCGAGAUCUUCAACGGCCGGACGGCGAUGAUGGGGGUGGUGGGCAUGAUCGCCCCGGAGGCCCUGGGCAAGGUGGGUCUUGUCCCCUCAGAGACAGCCAUCCCGUGGUUCCAGGCAGGCGCGAUCCCGCCGGCGGGCACCUACCAGUACUGGGCUGACCCCUACACGCUAUUCGUGUUCGAGAUGGCGCUGAUCGGGUUCGCCGAGCACCGGCGGCUCCAGGACUGGUACAACCCGGGCUCCAUGGGUAAGCAGUACUUCCUGGGCCUCGAGAAGUACCUCGGCGGCUCCGGCGACCCAGCCUACCCCGGCGGCCCCAUCUUCAACCCGCUCGGGUUCGGCACCAAGAGCGAGAAGGAGAUGAAGGAGCUCAAGCUCAAGGAGAUCAAGAACGGCCGCCUCGCCAUGCUCGCCUUCCUAGGCAUGUCCCUCCAGGCCAUCUUCACCGGCGUCGGCCCCUUCCAGAACCUCCUCGACCACCUGUCCGACCCCGUCAACAACAACAUCCUCACCAGCCUCAAGUUCCACUAGGCCAAAAGCAUCGUCGUCCUGUGCAUGGUAUACCUGUGUGCGUGCGAGAGGUAUAUAUGCAAGGGUGUGGGUGUGAAAUGUAAAUUUGUACGCGUGCUCUGCGCAUGCUUGUAAUAUCUAUAUUGUGCUAUUAAUUUAGUGCAUUGCAUCUCUGAUCAUCUUCAGCAA